AUGGGAGCAUUACCAACAGCACUAACAGGGAUCAGCAGCUCCACAGAGAUGAGUAGGAGAGAUCAAAAUCUCAGAACAAUAGAGUGGAAUGUUCCAACGUUUGAUCAGAAUCUGAGAAGAACAGACUGGGCUGAUCCAGCAAUGGAUCAGCAUCUGAGAACAUCACACUGGAAUGUUUCAACAAUGGACAGAAGUUUAUCUGAUGAUGCUUGGUUUCUUGCUACAUUUUACAAUCAGAUAUCAUUAUCAGGGCGCAUCAAAUAUGCAGUUUUCAUUAUUCAAUAUUUUUAUUAUCCUAUCUUGGCUACCGUUGGUGUCCCUAUUAAUGUAGUGACAAUCUACGUCCUGCUUUAUAAAGAUUGUGGAUUGUCUCCAUGUGUCAGACGUUACCUGGGGGCCAUGGCAGUGGCGGAUCUACUGGUCAUUAUCCUCGACCUGAUAUUGAGACACAUUCCCAUUGUUUACAAGGAACAGUUUUAUUUCCUGUGGUACAUCCCUGUGUGUAAUAUCCACGCCAUCCUGCUUUAUGCAGCCUCUGACUGUUCUGUCUGGUUCACUGUCACUUUCACCUUUGAUCGAUUUGUGGCCAUUUGUUGCCAGAAACUGAAAAGUCAAUAUUGCAGUGAGAAAACGGUGACUCUGAUUCUGGGAGCAGUGACUGUGUUGAGCUGUUUAAAAAACAUUUUCUGGUUACUUUGUGAUGGAACUCGGCUUCAUGCUGCAGCUCCUCAGUUGCUGCACAAACACUACGAUUUAUGUCGUGACCCAGACUAA